AUGGGCGUUUGUGUUUCCUCACGGGCGGCCCACGAUGACACCCGCAGAAAUUGGAGUGGUAGAGGCGUGCCCCCAAGAUCAUAUGGAUCAGAUGUGUUAUCUGCGCUGGGAGACAAACUGCCGAUGCGCGGCGCCGCCCUGGACCGCCCUCGGAACCCCUACGGUAUGAGGGCGAGGGAUUCCAGCGGUAACUACGGCGACAUGUCUGGCCCCUUCCACAUAGACUACUCGUACGGCGCCCAGGACAUCCAGGCAGCCGCCUCCAGCUUCGACGCCCCUGCAGCCGAGGACCCCAUCGCCGCCCUGGCAGCCAACAUCCCCGGCGGAGGCGUCCCUGGCGAGGACUACCCCAUCCUGGCCUCCGUCCCCGACACCGGAUUCUCCUGCGAGGAACAGCAAUUCCCAGGCUACUACGCUGACACCGCCCCGGAGGCCGGCUGCCAAGUCUUCCACAUCUGCCAGUUCGACGGCCGCCAGGACGCCUUCCUGUGCCCCAACGGCACCCUCUUCAACCAGCAGUACUUCGUGUGCGACUGGUGGUUCAACGUGGACUGCGCCGCGUCCGCACAGUUCCGAAGUCUCAACGCCGACAUCGGCAAGAUCCCCGAAGAAGAUAACCUCAACAUGGCGUACAACAGCCCCAGAAUGCAAUACGGUUUCCCUCUAUAG